AUGCGUUGCGCAAUUGAUGCUCUGUCAUCUCCAAUCGCUCUCAGCCCAGUUGAUUUUCGUUACAAGCUGCACGUCGCUACUGAUGCCUCAGCUACUGCUAUCGGUGGUAUCAUCUACUACAUCAAGGAUGGCGUGGUUCAUUACGUUGUCAUGGCGAGUCGUAAGCUUUCCCCUUCUGAAAUGGCCUAUUCUACCACCAAACGUGAGUUGCUUGCCAUUGUCUACAUGCUUACCAAAUACCACAAAUGGCUUUUCGGUAUUGAGUUUGUCUUGCACGCAGAUCAUCGCUCUUUAAUCUGGCUCCAAACGCAAAGUACGCCCAACAUGAUGCUGUUGACGUGGUAUGAAAAACUGUUCUUUGAUUGCAAGUAUGAGCUGGUUCAUAUCCCUGGUACGCGUAACCUAUUACCUGAUGCACUCAGUCGGUUAUUCACCUCUGACGAUGGCGAGGGUGGCAAUAACCUGGGUGGGGAUAAUCGUUAUAACAAUCAAAGUAUUAUGCUACCUGAAAAAAAGCGUAAACCUACGCGAAAGAACAAACAUGGCUUCACCAACGCCAAAGAGUCCCAAGUCACUCAAUUUUCUCUUGCUAAGCCCAAUCACUCCAAUCGUACGCAGUUCAAACGCAAGAAGCAAUUCAACAAUCAAAAGCAAUUGCAGCAGCUUUCCUUUGGGAUGCCAACCGAAUUGGAUCCACACUAUUAUUCCAAGGAAUUGAAUGAUAGCAAUGUUGAUAUUUUUGAUGCGAGCACCUACAACAUGCCAUCUGUCAGCGCUCAAGAUUUAAAGAAUCAACAGACUGCUGAUGCCAAAAGUUCAUACAAUGCUUCAUCUGGUGGACAGUCAGAUUGUAAUGCUCUUAUUUCACGUGCUAUGAAAUAUGCUGAUUACAUGACUCCUCCUCCGAAGAAGGAUCGUCUAGAGCUUGUUAUGCGAGUGCAUUUACUCGGUCAUGUGGGCAUCAAUUCGAUGGAAAAGAUUUUGCACAAUGAUUACAAGGUACAUUGGACCAACAUGCGCAAUGACAUUGCCAGAGUAACCAAGGAUUGUCAUGCUUGUCAAUCGCAUGGUAUCUACCAAGUGGGAUAUCAUCCUCCUCUCAUUGUCGAUUAUUUCAGUCGAUUCACCAUUUUACGAGCUCUUCCUGAUAAGAGUCCAAUCACUGUUGCAAGAGCAUUGCUUAGUGUAUGUUGUCUAUUUGGAUUUCCCAAGCGACUCACUAGUGACAAUGGCUCUGAAUUUGUUGGAGCAUUUAUGAGAGAGUUCAGUCAGAUUAGUGGCAUGGGUCGCUUGACCUCGUUGCCGUACGCUGCACAAGCUAAUGGUGUUGUCGAAGCGUAUGUGGGCAUUUCGAAACGAUCCAUCAUUAAAUCAUUGACACACGAUGCUGCAGAACCUGAGGCAUGGGAUGAGUAUCUCGAUGUCAUUCAGUACGCCAUGAACAUUCAAUACGCUAGAUUGCAUCAAUCGCAGCCGUUUGCUAUCAUGUUGUUUGGGCGUGCCCCAAAUCUCUUCCAGGAUUACACUCAAUUGCGUAAUGCUGACCAGACACCCGAGGAUCCUACCAAGUGCAGUGAAAUCAGGUUUAAUGGAUUUCACAAAAAAAAAUAA